GAGCACGGACCUGCGCCAGCGGCCGCGCUUUUGUCGGGGAGACGUCGGCGGCGCGGCGCGCCGUGCGUCACGGCGCAAAUCCGCUGCGCCCGCCCCGCCCGGCCGCGCGCCGUUGCCAGGGAGACGACGGCGGCCGCGGCCAUGGAGCCGAGGGUGGUGAAGCCGCCCGGGCAGGACCUGAUGGUGGAGCGCCUCAAAAGCCGCUACGGCGUAUGGAGCGGCUGCCCCGCCGAGCCCGGGCGCCGGCGGCCGGACGUGGCGGAGUGGCGACGGCGGCCUCCCUGCACCCCAGAGGACUUCGGUUUCUGCUCACGUGGAGAUGAAGCUGGUCCGUCGCUGAGAUGUUACUCUGAUGAGAGGAGGCGCGGCCCCGCAUCCCCCCGUGGUGCCCUCAAGCGUGGGACCGUCAGAUGGCAAGAUGAGGAACUGGAUUCUUUUCAAGAUUUAAAACAACGGGAAACAGAAGAAGAGUUCAUUGGGAAUGAUCAUAGGGUUAGUACCUCCGAAAUAAACAAGCAGUCUUUUAAACAGAUAAACAAAGCAGUUGCUGAACCAACUAAUUUGGCCUCAGAUUCAAGGAACUGGACUGACUGUUGCAGUGACGCUAGUGAGUCUCCUUUGAAACGUGUCAGCUCCCCAGCGUCCAGAGCCUCAAACAAGCAGGGUGUGCUUCCACGUCAGGUCAACCAGAUCUACGAUGAGUUACUCCAGAUACACCAGAAACUGCAGUGUGGAACUGCAGCACAACAGGAAUUUGCUGAAGAGCUUCAAAAGCGAGAACGUUUUCUGGCUGAGAGAGAAGAGCUGCUUUUCAGACAUGAAAGUGCCUUGAAUAAAAUUAAAGGUGUCAAAGAAGAGGUUCUCACAAGGUUCCAGACCCUGAAGGAGCAACAUGAUGCAGAAGUUGAGCGCUUAACUGAAGUUCUUAAGGAAAGAAAUAAAGAAAGCAGGAGGCUAAGGUCCUCUUUUGAUGCAUUGAAAGAAUUGAAUGAUAGCUUAAAAAAACAGUUAAAUGAAGUAAGUGAAGAAAACAGGAAGUUGGAGGUUCAGGCUAAGAGAGUUCAAGCUCGUUUAGAUAAUUUACAGAGGAAGUGUGAGUUUAUGACAAUACAGAGAUUGAAAGGAAAUCCCCACGCCGCUCACGAAGCAAAAAGUUUAAAACAGGAAAAAGUACCAGUUUCAAAACCUCAUAAGGUACCACUUAAUGGACAAGUUUAUGAACUUUUAACUGUCUUCAUGGACUGGAUUUCGGAUCAUCACCUUAGCAAAUUGAAACAUGAAGAAUCUGGAAUGGAUGGUGAAAAGGCACUACCCACAUUUGCUUCUCAGAGAAAUGAUAUUCAGGAGAAGUGUGUGAAGCUUUUGCCUGUGAUGACAGAGCAGCUACAGUGGAUGCCUUUUGUGAAUGCCAAGCUUCACGAGCCUUUUGUAAAGUUUAUAUAUUGGUCUCUAAGGCAGCUCGAUGCCGGAACACAGCAUUCGACUAUGACGUCAACAUUGAGGCGACUGGGUGAAGACAUAUUCAAAGGAGUAGUGACCAAGGGCCUUCAGGGUAAUUCUUUCGAGCAUUCUGGGGAGAGUAAACCAAAGACAGCUGCUUUCUUUAAGAGCUCCAGUUUACCACUGAGAUUUUUAUCAACUCUAAUUGUUCUCAAAACAGUCACACAAGCCGACUACCUGGCGCAGGCGUUUGACUCUCUGUGUCUGGACUUGAAGGCGGAUGAAGGGAAGAGCCUGUUCCUGGAGUACCAGGCUGUCCCGGUGGUGCUGAGCCACCUGAAGAUUUCCAGCAAAGGGCUCCUGUCCUGCGUCGUCGACAGCCUGCUGCAGAUGACAGUGGAAUCCAGGUUCCUGCAGCCCUUCCUGCAGGUGUGCAGCUGCUCCCUCUUCUUCCGAACCUGCUCGGUGCUGCUCCGGGGCCCGAAGCUCGACCUCCACAUCCUAGAGAAGCUCAGCAUCAUCCUACAGAAACUGUCCAAAAUCAAUGCAGCGCUGGGCUGGUUCAGCUCCUCUGCCCGCCCCGCCCCCAUCCCCUCGCCUGUGACUUCCAUGGCAGCGAACCUGGGUGUCUCGCCAGGCCUCAGCAUGCAGGGAUGGUGAAUACAACGCAUCCUGAAAUUCCUUGUGGUUGUGUGACCGCAGGUCCGUCUCUUCUGUUUGGUGUCGCACACCGUACCGCACUGUAGGGAAUUAUUGUCAAAUUGUAACCUCAUACGCAACUCACCAACUUACGAGUUUAGCUCUGGUAUCAGCUAAACUUGUCAGUUCGUUGUCUUCCUUUGCCUGCAGGCCGACGGGCUGUGAUUGUCUCGAUUUGUAAUCAGUAAAUUCUCGAGGAGGCCUGUUGCCAGUUUACCCUCUGUGGUGGCACAAGGCUGCAGUGGCGUCACUUAGGUUUAAUUCCUUCUCAGCUCUUAAUCCCUGGGCUUUGUUGAAGUAGUGCCCAGUGCAGCUGUGUCCUUGGGCCAGAGUGCUUUACGGCUGGCAAUGUGUUUUGUAGUCCGUGUUCAUUUCAGACAUAGAUGAAGAACUAGAACGAAGCUUGAAUGAGGAGUUGGGAGAAGCUGACGCCCAAGCAAGUCUCAGGGUAAAUCUGUAAACCCUUCUGUAUCGGGUGGUGGUCACUGGGGUUACUGGAGAGGCAAACAGAUGGAUGUACACAAGGAAAUGGGAAAUACGCUACCAGGUGUCAUUCUCACUGAUCGAAAGUGAAGUUACUGAUUGGUUACUAUGCAGAGGAUGGUUGCAAAGGUAUUUUGGAGCCAAGUCAAGAGGCCAGGUAAUAUUCUGCUGCGUUAGAAAGCCCAGCUUACUUAAAAUAAGGUGGUCAAGUAUUUCACUCUUUCCGGCUGUGAGGGAAAAGUCCGCUCCAGUAGUGAAUAGGGUGCACGUUUCAGGAUGAUAAAAUAUUCUCUUUUCUCCUUGAAUACUUUUCCACUUUAGGCCUAUUUCAUACAAGCUAUUUUGUUUGUCUUGGCAUGUUAAUCCUUUAGUUAUCCAUUUCCCCACACUUACACAUAACGUAUCUCUCACUGUUCCUAAGUGUGUAAUUAAAUUAAUGUGCUCAUUCUCUUACAGGAGUAAUAAGAAGCUCUUUGAACUCUUUACAGUUCAUCUGAUGCUUCAAGAAAUACAAAGGACGACACAUCCAGAGCAUGCAUUUCUCUGUAUUAACCUGAAUUCAA